AUGUCUUCUGAGCUGUCUCGCUGUACAGCAGCGCAGGAUAUGGAAGGCGAGUCACUUUGUUUCGUUUUGGGUGAAUCACAAGCUGAAUUGAAAGGACAGUCGCGUCAGUGGCGCGUUCAGGAUAAAUCCCAAGGCCAGAAACCACAUCUUGCACAUUUGCCCAACGAUUUACUCAUCGAAAUCAUGUCCCAUCUCGACUGGGAUGACGUGCUGGUGCUUCGCAAGUGCUGCCGUUCGCUGCAUGCAGCAUCAAAAGAGCGCCAGGUGUGGCACUCGUUGCUAGUUCAGUACUGUGAUACUGUAUUUCCCCGGCCGUUUUUCCUUCCAAAGCCUUUGGAACACUGCUCUGGCGAAGACCUGGAGCAUUGCAUCGUGGGUUGGCUGUCUGGAUGGGACCAUUUCCUGGAUCCUUCCCUCGAACUCCGUUUUAUGGAGUCUCACGCAUGCCCUCCUGGGAUUUUCGGUCCACUGGAACCUUUGCCUGGUGGUCGGUUUUUCAUUUAUUGUGGAAACGACGACUCCUUGUUCUAUUGCGACCCGACGCAACCCGAUCCGACCAUGCACCUCCUCGUCCCGUCGCCUAAUUUCGAAAACUGUUCCAAAAUAUCUACCGCCCUAGACGUGCUUGGUACCCAGGGCAUCGAUGGGGAAUCCACCACACUCCAAGGCCGACUGUUUCCCCGAACCUUCCGCCUCGCCCGUAUACUUGGAGUAACUUGGGGCAAAGGAUUAAUCGAGAUUUGGGAGAUUAACGCGCGAGUGGAAGGCGGGACCCAUGUCGGCUACACCAGCAAACUGCUGAAGGCCUUUUCGGACCAUAUAUACGUCGGAGAGGGCAACUGCUGCUCACUCUUUGGAAGACAUGUUGCCUAUGUGAGAGACGGGAACCCGAACGGGUCUGAUUUGGGGGUACGGAUUGUGGAUUGGACAUCUGUUUCCGGAGACGAAGAUCCAACCAACCUCCCUGGUGUCGCCAUCCCGGGACCAACUCCCCCGUUGAUGGUGCUACUCCCGCACAGGAGAAUAUUGAUGGGCGGAUGA